AUGAAUUCAAUUCUCAAAUCUGAAUCAAUAUCAAUCUGAAUUACUAGUCGCUAAAUAGCAUAAAAAUUUAGGGUGUGGGUGAGACCGAGUCGCAGUAAAAUGUCCAACGACUCGCCAACACCAUCUUCUAAUCCAAAUCCAAUUCCUAAUCUCAAACCUAAUUCAGUUUCGGUUUCAGACUCGCAUUCCUACCCUAAGCCCGAAGCCGAGUUUCAGGAGAUUAUCCAAAACCCUGACACUUUCUUCGACAAGCUCCAGUCCUUCCACCUUCGCUACGGCAUCAAAUUCAGGGUUCCUACUUUAGGAGGAAACCGUUUGGAUCUACAUCGUUUGUUUCUGGAAGUGACGUCUCGAGGCGGUAUUGAAAAGGUUAUUAAAGAUCGCAGAUGGAAGGAAGUCACUGGAGCCUUCAAAUUCCCUUCCACAAUCACAAGUGCUUCGUUUGUCUUACGAAGAUAUUAUCUAUCCUUGCUCUAUCAUUUUGAGCAAGUUUAUUAUUUCAGGAAAAAAGAACCAUACCUUGCCGCUUAUGAUCAAUCAAGCAAGGGUGCCAAUGGAACAAAAUUGCCACUUACUAUUGAUGAAGAAGCUUCAUCAAAGCAACUUGCUGUGAUUCCUGACUUGGGGGAUGGCAGUCUUGUCACCGGAACAAUUGAUGGAAAAUUUGAAUCCGGAUAUCUGGUUACUGUAACUUUUGGUUCAGAGGUUUUGAAAGGAGUCAUAUAUGAAAACUCAACAGAAGCAAACAAAUCCAAAGGUUUCAGUUCCUUUCGCGAGCCUGCUCAUCGACAUCACAGAAAACACCAGUCGGCAACUAGGGAUCCAUCUCAUCCCAAGCGAAAUAGAAGUGGAUAUACCUUCUUCUUUGCUGAGCAGUAUCAUAUGUUAAGGCCUUUAUACCAUGGCCAAGAAAGAGCUAUAAGUAAAAGGAUUGGGCAAUUGUGGAGCGGGUUGACAGAAGCUGAAAAACUGGUAUAUCAAGAGAAGGGGUUGAGAGACAGAGAACGAUACAAAGCAGAAAUGUUGGAGUACAAAUCUUCCCAACAUGCAUCACCCCCUCAGUAGCGAGGAUGCUCUCACCCCCUUCGAUUUGAUUGACUUCUAAGAACCCAAUGAGCUCACGGGUGGGAAAUUGAUGAUAACUGCUAUAGGUAUAUUUGCUAACCGGUUGUUCUCUCGUUGCUGUUUGCCUUAUUGUUAUAUAUAUAUGUAUUAUGCAUUUUGAUUUUUCUCUAGGCUGCUUCCAUAUUUGAGUA